UAUAGUAAUAAAGUAUUAACAGUGGAUAUCGUCCACUCGGUUCUGUCAACUAGACCCGCUCCCCCUGCGGUUGCUUGAGUCGAGAAGGGUAUUGCUGCAGACCGGAGACAUUAUGGGCGGAUCUGAAGGCGGGAUAACUGUAAAUGCAAGUUGAAAGUAUUGGCUAAUCAUAAUUUGAACAAAGGGGCCACACGGACAUGCUGGUCAGUCGAGUGGAAGACGCGGGUUGAGCCACACUGGACAGGUACGUACUUGCGCCAUAUACGAGAAGAAGAGAGCAUUGGGUAGCCAGUCGUCAGAGACUCUCAUCGGAGUGCCCGCUCUGCUCUUCACAUGUUGAACUUUUUUAAUGUCCGCACACUCCGCGCUGUUGCUGCUCAUUUCUACUCUGUGAUUGUCCAACUGUUUAGCAAACUGUGACGUAUAACAAGGGUCGCAUACGGCUGACAUCAUCCAGGGCGACGGCUACUGAAGCCACGCUUUCUUCUCGCAUUGUAGAGACAGCCGCGCGAGAGGAAGACUGUUGUAGAGUGAGGCAGAAGUUUCAACGAGGUUAUAAAGUUUUCCAUCACCGACAGACAGAUGAGAAAAAGAAAAAGCUGCUGUUUGCUGAAACAGGACCCCUGUGAUUUUGACGCAAAUAUCAUGGAGAAAACUGUAAAUAUUAAGGAGGAGGACUGUGAGUGGGGGUCCAUCUACCUUAAACAGGAACAUCUGAGCAUCAAGGAGGAGGACAGUGAAUUGCAGUCAGUGAGCCUUAAAGUAGAACCUGAAGAGAAGUCUGUCAGGAUUGAGACACAUAACCGUACAAAUCUGGACAGUGUAAAAGAAGACAACCGUCAUGAUGGGUGUCAAGAUGGAGUGGUGACCAAGUUAGACUCUUCUCAGAGCAGACACUGUUCAUCUCCAGAGCCUUCUAUCAAUGUGAAGUCUGAAUCAUUAGAGUCUGAACCACAGAGGGCUGAGCAAACUACAUCUGUUAUAGCUGAGAAAAAUAAGCAACCACCUUUAAAGAUGUCUGGAAAAAGAAAGAAAGAUCACUACUGUGUGGAAUGUGACAGAGAAUUCUGUAACGGGAGUGCUCUUCACAAACACACGAGAGUUCACACGGGAGAGAAGACAUAUUGCUGUAAUGAAUGUGGUAAAAAGUUUUCACAUAUAAGCAGUCUAAAGGACCACACGAGAGUUCACACCAGAGAGAAGCCAUAUUGUUGUAGUGAAUGUGGUAAACAGUUUUCACUACAGACUGACAACGAAGAGAAGGGUUUGUCGGGGGCUUCCAGUGUCUGA